AUGGUGCUAGACUCUAAUGAGCAGAAGGCUCUUGCAGACCUGAAGAGAAAGAGGGGUGUAGUAAAGGCGUCAUUAACACGGAUAGCUAAGUUUGUUGACAGUUAUGAUCCAACUGAGCAGUCAAUUUCGUUAUUGGAUUUUAGACAAGAGGAACUCCCACUCAUUAAUCGAAAAUUUGAUACUAUACAGAGUGAGAUUGAAUUGCUGGCUGUUGAUGAAGCGGAGGCUGCAGAAGCUGAGAGAGAUAAAUUUGAGACUAGUUAUUAUGAGCUAAGAGCUAAAAUUCAGGAAUUAGCCAACGCAGAAAAGCAUCAUAAUACAACUGGGCAAAACACUUCAUUUGGGAACACCUCCACAAGGCAGCGCAUGCAGCUAGCACCUAUACCUUUACCUAAGUUUAAUGGGGAUAUACAAGGUUGGUCAUCGUUCUAUGAUGUAUAUCGUGCAGCGGUUCACGACGAUGAUUGUUUUACUUCUGCACAGAAAUUUUAUUAUUUACGUUCAUGUUUGAGGGAUCAAGCGUUAGAUUUAGUCCAGUCUAUCCCAAUAAGUGAUGGAAAUUAUGAGGUCGUAUUAGAAAAGCUUAAGCAAAGGUACGAUAAUAAGAGUCUGGUGAUUCAAUCACAURUCCGGUCGAUCUUAGAGAUGCCUGCUGUUGAGGAGAUGUCAGCCAACGCAUUACAAAGGUUGCACUCGAACGUUUCCACACAUGUUGCGGCUCUGAGGACACUAGGGCAACCUGUGGAUCACUGGGAUGCAUGGUUAAUCACAAUAAUAACAAGUAGGUUAGACAAGGGUACCGGACAUAGUUGGCAGCUUCAUUUGAGGAAUACUGAGUUACCAGCAUAUAAGGAUCUCGAAGCAUUUUUGGCUAGUCGAUGCGUAGCAAUGGAAAGCUCGGAGACUGUAUGUCCAAACACAAUUUCUACUAAGCUCACCAAUAUUAAUAAUCSUAAGACGAUGUUCUCUAAGACACCUCAGMUUACAAGGAAGGUGUUAAUUUCUACUAAUAAUAGGCCAGUCCGCCCGUGUYCAUGUUGCUCUGAAAGUCAUAGGUUGUUUGCGUGUGAGCAGUUCAAAGCUCUCCCAGUAACGGAACGCUUGAGCAUGGCAAGAGUAUCWCAGCUAUGCUUCAACUGUUUAGGUCCGUUCCACUCUGCUGAAAGCUGCAGAUCAACUUAUACGUGUCAAAGGUGCAAGCAGAAGCACAACACACUUCUUCAUUAUGAGAAGCCACUUACAGCUGGCCAAAUCAGUGUUUUAGAUCAAGCUAAAAGCAACAUUGAUACUACCUCAAGCCAAGAUUCAAGUCAUAGUGUAGCAWGUCCCKCACAAGGAGGAAAUGGUCAUGUGUUUCUUUCUACAGCAUCUGCUCUGGCAGAAGAUCGGUACGGUGAAUUCAAAACAUGUCGUGUUAUAUUGGACAAUGGAUCACAGAUGAACUUUGUAUCCAAAAGCUUCGCUAAUUUAUUGCAACUUCCACGCAAUAGAACGAUACUCCCUAUAAGUGGCAUUGGAGCAAAUCGAACACAGUCUGUCUCAAGUAUAUCARUCAAGGUGAAAUCUCGAGUAAAGCAAUUUGAAGUCGACUUGGUUUGUCACAUACUACCAAUAGUGAUAGAUGCCUUACCAAGUUGUUCAAAACCGAARGGUGGAUGGGAGAUUCCAGAAGAACUAGUACCACAACUGGCCGWCCCGUCGUUCGAUUCAACAGGAAGUGUUGACUUGCUCAUUGGUGGCGGUAUCUUUUAUGAUUUAAUUGAGCCGGCAAGGAUCAGGUCACAAAAGGAAGCUGUUUGCUUGCAAGACUCAAAGUUUGGGUGGCUUGUUACAGGAGAGGUGGGCACUAUCUCACUUUUGGCUACAUGUUCAAUUGGUGAAACCUGCSAGGACAAUCUCAGGAUACCAAGCAAUAAUGAAUCUGAAGUGUAUGGAGUUGCAUCAAAACCAAAUAAGAAAUGUAUUGAAGAACAGAAAGCUCUCAAACAUUUUGACGAAACUGCAAAGCGAGAUCAGGCAGGAAGAUUCGUUCUGCGACUGCCAUUGAAGUCAGACGCACGUAACGUUGGAAGAACUCUAGAAAUGGCAACAGCAAGAUUUCUCAGCGUUGAACGGAGGCUGCAACGUGAACCAGAACUGCGUCUGCAAUACACUCAAUUUAUGGAAGAGUAUUUAAAAAUGGGACACAUGAAAAUAGUGAGCAAGGAAGAGAACCAGCCAAAUGCUGCAUUCUAUCUACCACAUCAUCCAGUGAUGAAGUUAUCAAGCCUUACAACUAAGUUACGGGUC